AUGCUCGAUGAUCCAAUGAUCCAGCACGAGGAAUGGCCAAUGCGCCUUCGCCCCUGGAUUCGGCGAGUUUCCCUAGGUCUCAUGGCAAUCGCGGCAGCUCUAGCCCUGCAGCAUCGAUGGCGAGCCAACAGGACCAGCCAUGCUCUUUCUGCCAUCUCCAUGAGCUCGCAAAAUACUGGCAGCGACUUUCGUGGCAUAGCCUUGAAGUCUGGAGAUGCCAAUUAUGAUACGGUUUUCAACCAGACCAUCUUUGACUGUGUGCAGAACUCCAAGCAGGGCACGCAGGCCGAGUGCUUUGACUCCAUAAAGAGCUUGGAUUCCAAGUGCCGUGAGCUUGCGAAGGAUCCUGUCCGGGGCAGCUGCAUGCAAAUCCAAGCCUGCCUGACUGGCCAGGACUACGGUCCUAUCAUGAAUCCGUGUGACGAAGCCUGUGGCGAUACAGGCCAUGAACACAUGAAAAAGUCCUGUCAUGUCCAGUUCUCUGCGUUGCGGUUGCUGAGUCGCACUUGUGUACCCAAAUGGGUGAUUCACGACCAAAAAACCGACUGGAGACUAUACCAGGUCCGGGACAUGAUCAAUGGCAUUGCAAAGCGGUGCGGGCACCCGAUCAAGAAUGAUCCCUUCUUCAACUCUUGA